GCGGACACAAUUGCAUUUAUAUGCAGCAGCGUCCGGGCGGACACGAUUGCAUAUGCUAAACCGUCCGGCAAUAAUGUCCUCAGGAUAGUAUUGCAAAGAGGACAUAAUUGCAUGCGACACCCCACCCACCCCUGCCGUGCCCAACCGUGCCCAAAUGGCCCAACCGUGCCCAACCCCAUUUGAAGUACGCCCUCUGUUGAUCAGUGGUAGACUUGAGGGCGCUAUCUUUCACAAGACGACAACGUGAAUCAAACGAAACGCAUGUUUUCGAAGAAAAGGUGAAACAAAUGUUUUAAAAAUUGAUAUUGUGAGAUUUAAGUAAUGUCUUCAGAAACUUGUCAUAUGAGAUCUGCAAAACAAAGCAAAAAUGCCGCUCAAAAAUAGACACUACCGAAGACGCUCAAGGUCCACUUCAAACUCAAGUACAGAGCGUUCCAGCCGUUCAAAGAAGAAAUCGAAAAAUCGUCGGAAGUCCCGCUCGAGUUCCUCUGGUUCGUCCCACAGCUCAGCCAGCCCUGACCGAUCAAGUCCGAGUAACAAGAAAAGCUCCAAAAGCAGCAAAGGCAGAUCUAGAGAUUCACGCUCCAAGUCUAAAGAUCGGGAACGCGAGAAAGAACGAGAAAGGCGACGGGAGAAGGAGAGGGAAAGAGAGCGCGAACGAGAGCGUGAUCGCGAGAGGGAACGGGAACGUGAAAGGGAACGAGAACGUGAAAGAGAUCGCGAGAGAGAACGAGAAAGGGAGCGGGAGAGGGAGCGAGAAAGGAAUCGAAAACGAAGAUCCAGGAGAUCUCGUUCCAGAAGUAAAGAUCGUAGACGUUCACGCUCGCGCAGUAAAGACAGAAAGCGGUCUCGGUCGCGAAGCCAAGACCGUAAGAAACGACGAUCGCGCAGCCGCAGCAAGCAUCGUGGAAGUCGUACGCAGUCGAGGAGUCCAAACAGAAGCAACAAGCGUUCUGACUCCAGAAGUAAGGACAAGGACGCUGUGAAGGUCGAAGCAGCUUCAGUUGAGGUCAAACAGGAGGCUGGUGUGCGAAAUGGAAAGGGUACCGAGGUUGGGCAGGAUGAAAGGUCAGAGGUCAAGGAGGAGGGAGAUGCAAGGUCAAAGGUCAAAGAAGAGAAAGGACUGCCUCUUGAGCAAAAGCGUUUAGAAGAGGAGAUGCAGAGAAGGAGAGAGCGCAUCGAACGCUGGCGACAAGAACGCAAGAAGACUGUGGAUAUGACCGCCAUGAAGGCAGAGGCUCUACAACAAGCGGAGGCUCUGGCUCAAUCGACCGGCAAGAAAUGGAGCUUAGAGGAUGACGAUGAUGAGGCUGAUGAUGAGGCUGAGGAUGAAGAAAUGGAAACCUCCGAGCCCACACCUCCAGUAAAGAUCGACCCUGAAACCCUGAUCAAAGAAGAGUCAAAGAACAAACUCGACGAAGCCCAGGCGAAGAUCGAGGAAGCUCGUCGCAAGAUGGAGGAGAAGAUUAAAGCCAAGGAGUUGAAGAAGGAACAGGAGGCGGCAGCGGCACCCAAAGAGGAAGAGGUUGAUGACAAUGUGGACCCUCUGGAUGCUUUCAUGAUGAGUGUCAACGAGGAAGUCAAGAAGAUCAACCAGACCGAUAGGAAGAGGACGACGGGGAGUGAAGCGACGGCCGCGGUGGGAGCUGAUGUACAGCAAGCCGAUGGACAGCAAGCGGUUAAGAAGGGAAUGGUGAGCAUGUUGACUGGAGUUGCCGUCAAGAAGAAAGUUAUACCUGCACCUGCUGUGGAUAAACUCAUCAAGGGAGAACUCAUGGAGAAUGACCAGGAUGCUAUGGAAUACUCCUCUGAAGACGAGAAGGAGAGUAACUUAAUGGAUCAAGUAGCUGCCUUAGAACAGAAGAAGAAGAAAGAGUUGGCCACUGUGGAUCACUCCAAGAUUGAUUACACACCCUUCCGUAAAGACUUCUAUGUUGAGGUCCCGGAGCUCGCCAAGAUGACUCCAGAAGAGGCUGAUGUGAAGAGAGCAGACCUAGAAGGGAUCAAAGUGAGAGGCAAAGGUUGUCCCAAACCCAUAGACGCAUGGGUGCAGUGUGGAGUAGCCAACAAGGUCCUCUCUGUCCUAAAGAAGAAUAAAUAUGAGAAGCCUACACCGAUCCAAGCGCAGGCCAUCCCGGCGGUGAUGUCUGGUCGCGAUCUCAUCGGCAUUGCCAAGACCGGCAGCGGUAAGACCAUAGCGUUUCUACUGCCGAUGUUCAGACACAUUAUGGAUCAAGAUCCGCUGGAGAUGAACGAAGGAGCCAUCUCUGUGAUUUUGACCCCUACCCGAGAGCUUGCCAUGCAGAUCUACAGGGAAUGUAAGAAGUUUACCAAGCCGCUCGGACUGAGGGCUAUCUGUGUGUAUGGAGGUACGGGAAUCAGUGAGCAGAUCGCUGAACUGAAGAGGGGAGCUGAGAUAAUUGUUUGUACACCGGGAAGGAUGAUUGACAUGCUUGGCGCUAAUAACGGUCGAGUGACCAACCUUCGACGAUGUACGUACCUUGUUUUAGAUGAAGCUGAUAGAAUGUUUGACAUGGGCUUUGAACCACAGGUGAUGAAGAUUAUUGAUAGUAUCCGACCAGAUCGGCAGACCGUUCUCUUCUCAGCAACCUUCCCUCGAGCAAUGGAGGCGUUGGCUCGUCGUAUAUUGACCAAACCCAUCGAGGUGACCGUGGGGGGCCGUAGUGUCGUGUGUUCGGACAUUGAGCAACAUGUGUUGAUCUUAGAAGAGGAGCAGAAAUUCCUGAAGUUGUUGGAGCUUCUUGGGAUCUACCAGGAGCAGGGAAGCGUCUUGGUGUUCGUAGAGAGACAAGAGUCCGCUGAUUUACUCCUUAAGGACCUGAUGAAAGCUUCUUAUCCCGUUCUGGCACUACACGGAGGGAUCGAUCAGUAUGACCGAGACUCUAUUAUACAGGAUUUCAAGACUGGUAAUGUGUCGUUGAUGGUUGCUACUUCUGUCGCUGCCCGUGGUCUGGACGUAAAGCAGCUGAUACUAGUCAUCAACUAUGACUGCCCUAAUCACUAUGAAGAUUAUGUACACAGAGUUGGCCGGACGGGUCGUGCGGGCAAUAAAGGUUUUGCAUUCACCUUCAUCAUGCCGGAUCAGCAGAAAUACUGCGGUGAUCUCAUCAAAGCGCUGGAGCUGAGCGAACAGAAACCUCCCGAUGAUCUCAUGGCUAUGUGGACUGAGUACUGUGACCAGCAGAAAGCUGAAGGGAAGAAGGUGAUGCGUAACAGUGGCUUCAGUGGGAAAGGCUUCAAGUUUGACGACACUGAGCGUGAAUUGGCCAAUGAGAAGAAGAAACUCCAGAAGGCCGCCCUCGGACUCCAAGACUCCGAUGAAGAGGACGCUGGAAUGGACAUUGACGACAAGAUUGAGAACAUGUUUGCGUCCAAGCGUCGCGUUAAGGAGGUAUCAGCCGAUGAGAUCUCGGUUUCCUUGCCUAAUCCGACGUUAGUCAAGCCAGUCGACACAACGAAUAUCAACCAAGCUAAUCUCAACUUGGCUAAGAAGAUGGCCGAGAGGAUUAACCGUAAUCUAGAGAAUGUGAAACAAGUCAGCGUGGUCCAGCAAGCUGCACAAGCCGUCAUGCAGGGUAACUCACUGGUUGCUCAAGCGGUCUCAGGUCGUACAAUAGCGGAGCAGCUUGCUGAGAAGUUGAAUGCCAAACUGAACUACAUCCCUAAAGGUGUGGAUGAAGAGAUUGUGGUCGAGAAAGAGAAACAAGUCUUCAGAAAGUACGAAGAGGAACUUGAGAUCAACGACUUCCCACAGACGGCGAGAUGGAAAGUCACCUCCAAGGAGAAUCUUGCUCAGAUCCAGGAAUACAGCGAGGCUGGAAUCACAAUCAGAGGGACCUACUUCCUUCCUGGUAAAGAACCUAAGGAGGCUGAGGGAGAGAGGAAACUCUAUCUAGCUAUCGAGAGUUCAAAUGAACUUUCAGUGCAGAAGGCAAAAGCUGAAAUUACCAGACUCAUCAGGGAAGAGCUUGUCAGACUGCAAAAUUCUUACCAACCAAUCAACAAGGGACGUUACAAAGUCUUAUGAGCUCAUCCUGGUGGAAUGGGACGGCAGUGAAGAGUAAUCAAGUAUUUCACUUUGUUUUUGCACAGAUUGUAAAAAAAAGUUGUUGCACUUUUUUUUUUGAAGUUUGGCAACCAGUCUCUUACACACUGAUGCAUAAUUGACCAAGGUCUAAUUUCAUAGCAAUGCUUAAAGACACUGGACACUAUUGGUAAUUGUCAAAGACCAGUCUUCUCACUCGGUGUAUCUCAACAUAUGC